GAAAGCAGCUCGUUCUUUUGAGGAUGCUGUGGCAGCUCCUCCACAAACCCUUUCCAGCUUGGUGCACAGAAACAGAAAGUGGCUAUAAUCUGCCCCCCACAUUUCGUGCCAUCCCCGCCAACCCCUCCCUGCCCCAGCAUUUUUUAUCUUGGACAAACAGCCUAAACUUUGAAAAUGCUGCUGUUUAGCUUUAUCUCGGGGUGGGGACAAAUUGUGGGGGUUGGAUCCCUGGAGAGCCCAACAAACUCCCCUGGGUGCAAUGUUGCUUUUCAGUGGGACUGAAUAACACGUUUGUCUGGUUUUGGUUAGUUGUUAAGGAAGCAGCCAGCUGCUGUGAUUUCAGCCAGUAGGUGGUAGAAGUCAAGGGGAGUUUGGGUAAUACCCAGUCUGUGGGAUUAAAAGCAGCUAGAAACUAUGAUUGUGUACUCUUGUUCCUAGUUGAUUUUGUCUGACCUGUGCCAGAUUCAGGUUAAUAAUUAUUUUCCUUUGCAAGAUGCCACAGCAGUCUGCGUUCAGUCGUGGUCUUGACAGUUAAUCCAGAAUAUGUUUGAGACCUGAAUUGCAGCCCCUCAGGCAAAGCUGAUUCACGGUGGAAACUUUGUACCUGAUCUUCCAGCACAUAAAACAAGCUAACCUGUAAUCCCAGCAUAAGAAUGGCAUCUGCUUGUGAGAUUUCAUUGCUUUUUGCACUGAUUUGUGGUACGGGGCUCACUGCUUCUGGGGCUGCAGGACAGGAAGGUGCCCGGCCAGAAGUGGUUGUGUCCCAGGGGCGACUCCAGGGGACACAAGCUCGCGUGAAGGGAACAGACAGACUCGUGAAUGUUUUCCUUGGCAUCCCUUUUGCAAAGCCACCUGUCGGGUCCCUGAGGUUUGCCCCUCCAGAGCCACCUGAACCAUGGACCGAUGUCAGAGAUGCAACUUCCUACCCACCCUUCUGUCCCCAGGACCUGACCUUUCUGAGAAGAAUUCAGCAAACGCGGAAAGAAAAGCACGCUCCUCUCAUAACUUCUGAAGACUGUUUGUUUCUAAAUAUUUAUACUCCCGCCAAUUCAGACGAGAAGACCAAGUUACCUGUGAUGGUGUGGAUCCAUGGAGGCAAUUUUGUAUUUGGUGGGGCGUCCAGGUUUGAUGGGUCAGCACUAUCAGCCUAUGAGGACGUGGUGGUGGUGAUUAUUCAGUACAGAUUAGGUCUGCUUGGAUUCUUUAGUACCGGUGAUGAACAUGCUCGUGGAAACUGGGCAUAUUUGGAUCAAAUAGCAGCUCUCCAGUGGAUUCAGAAAAAUAUUGAGCAUUUUGGAGGCAAUCCAGGAUCUGUUACUAUAUUUGGCGUGUCUGCAGGCUCAGUCUCUGUUUCCGCACUAGUUUUGUCUCCCUUGUCCAAAGGCUUAUUCCAUAAGGCCAUAUCAGAGAGUGGGACUGCACACCUUGUUUCUGCAACCUUACCUUCUGUUGAAGUCGUUGCUCAGAAAGCGGCCAAGUUAUAUGCCUGUGAGACAACCGGUUCAGUUGCCAUUGUUCACUGCUUAAGGCAGAAGACAGAGGAGGAGAUGGUCUUCAACAGUAGUCUGGGACAGGAAGUUCCAAUGAUACCUUUAGUUGUGGAUGGCGUAUUGCUUCACAAGUCACCCAAGGAGCUUCUGGCCAGAAAAGAGUUCAAUGCUGUCCCAUAUAUGAUUGGAGUAACUAACAAUGAAUUUGGAUGGAAUGUGCGCGCUUCAUCCAACAUUCCUGGCCUGAAAGAAGUGGGCAAUAGAGCAUCAAUCAUCUCAACAAUCAAGUUUAUCCAGCCAUGGUUGAGUGUCCCACCUGAAGUUUUGCCUGUGAUAAUCAAUGAAUAUCUAGGAGACACAGAUGACUCUGCUGAGCUGCGAGACAGAUUUCUGGACUUGUUGGGAGAUGCGGCAAUUGUCAUUCCAUCUCUGGAAACACUAAAUUAUCACAGGGAGUCUGGUGCUGCAACUUAUUUGUUUGAAUAUCAGCAUCGUCCAAGUUUAUACAGAGAUACUAAACCCGCAUAUGUGAAAGCUGACCAUGCAGAUGAAGUUGCUUUUGUCUUUGGAGGACCAUACCUGGCAGGUGACAUAUGUCUAUGUGAUGAAGCUACAGAGGAAGAAAAGCGCCUCAGCAGAACUCUAAUGAAAUAUUGGGCUAACUUUGCUCGAAAUGGAAACCCAAAUGGGGAAGGUUUGGCAGAAUGGCCAUCUUAUAACCUGGAUGAAGGAUACCUAGAGAUAAAUCUAGAGCAGAAGAAAGCAAAGCAACUGAAAAAAAAGCGAGUGGAAUUCUGGACAAAGACAGUGCCUGAAAAAAUCAAGGAGAAAAGUGGUGAAGACAAGAAAGAACAUGCAGAGUUGUAGCUUAGCCAGCAUGAACAUGGAAUCAUUAUCAUUUAGGUGUUUACCCGGCUACUCUCAUGACAGAAUAAACGUCUCUUCUAGAGAAAUGAUGUACUGAGAGAUGCUUCAUUCCUUUUUAACUCUUUCCUUUACCAUCUGCAGAUAGAAGAUACCAUGCCAAGCAAUUUACAUUAAAUAAUUCCCUUCUCUAAUU